AUGUCACAGCCCAAAAACUGGCCCUCGGGUCUGCCAUACCUUUCGGCGCCGGCGCACUCCAAGCUCCUGAGCCCAGCACAACGACAAGCCAUUGCGCAGAAGCCACCAGAUGUGCCCGACAUCCCCGCGCAAGCCACCGUGCUCCCCAGCCCGCUUGUCAAGAUCACGCCCAUCACGGACGCGGGGCACCCAGCCCAGGGUCAGUGUGGGCUCUUUGCGACGCGGCACCUCAAGCCGGGGACGUUUGUCCUGCCGUACCUGGGCACGGUACAUUCCGGGGAGGCGCUGGAGGCCGAGAUGGAGAAGUCGGAUUACGACCUGUGGUUAGACCGGGAGGCCGAGGUAGCGGUAGACGCGGACAAGGGCGGGAACGAGGCGCGGUUCAUCAACGAUUAUCGGGGCGUCGGGGAGAGGCCGAAUGCGGAGUUUCGGGAGGUUUGGUGUCAGAGGUGGAGGCAGAAGUGUAUGGCUGUGUGGGUGCUUCCCGAGGGCAAGAAUGGACGGGGAAAGGGGGGUAUUGGGAAGGGGGAGGAGAUUUUAGGGUUUUGGGGGAGUCGGAGGAAUGAGGAGGUUUGA